AUGUCUGACGAGGAGGAAUAUUCUGGCUCCGAAGAGGAGGAAGUAGAAGAAGAAGUCGUAGAGACGCCCGCUCCCAAACAAGAAGGUGAGGGAGACCCAGAAUUCAUUAAGCGUCAAGAUCAGAAACGGUCAGAUUUAGAUGAUCAGCUAAAGGAAUACAUAAACGAAUGGCGUAAACAAAGAUCCAAGGAGGAAGAUGAGCUCAAACGCCUCAAGGAGAAGCAAGCCAAGCGCAAGGUAUCUCGCGCUGAGGAAGAGAAGCGCCUCGCCCAGAAGAAGAAGGAAGAAGAGGAGAGGCGAGUCCGCGAGAUUGAGGAGAAGAAACAGCGCGACAUCGAAGAGAAGAGACAGCGGCUCGAGGAGGCUGAGAAGAAGAGGCAGGCUAUGCUCCAGGCGAUGAAAGACGCCUCCAGCAAAACCGGACCUAACUUCACUAUCCAAAAGAAGAACGAUAACUUCGGGCUUAGCAACGCUCAACUGGAACGCAACAAGACCAAGGAGCAGUUGGAAGAAGAAAAGAAGAUCUCCCUCUCCAUCCGCAUCAAACCCCUCGCCAUCGAAGGUUUCUCCGUAGACAAGCUCCGGCAGAAGGCCACAGAGCUUUGGGAAUGCAUCGUCAAGCUCGAGACUGAGAAGUACGAUCUUGAAGAGAGGCAGAAGAGGCAAGACUACGACUUGAAAGAGCUCAAAGAAAGACAAAAGCAACAGUUAAGGCACAAGGCCCUCAAAAAGGGUCUCGACCCCGAGGCACUCACAGGCAAGCACCCCCCCAAAAUCCAAGUAGCAUCGAAAUAUGAAAGACGCGUUGACACACGUUCAUACGAUGACAAAAAGAAGUUGUUCGAGGGUGACCUUGAGAAACUCAACAAGGACUUCAUAGAAAAGGUGUGGCAAGAGAGGGCCGACCAGUUCGGUGGAAGGCAAAAGGCGAGACUACCGAAAUGGUUCGGCGAGAGGCCCGGCAAGAAGAAGGGCGAACUCGAAUCCCCCGAAGGUGAGGAGGACGUGAAAGCCGAACCUGAAGAUGAGGAUGAGCCCCAAUUCGAACCUGAACCCGAAGAGGAAGAGGAAGUCGUAGAGGAGGAGGAGGUAGAAGAAGAGGAGGAAGAGGAGGAGGAAGAAGAAGAGGAGGAAGAGGAAGAAGAGGAAUGA